CUGAGGUGCCAACGAUGGCUGUAGAGAAAGUCUUUGUGUACAACAACACAUCCAUUGUGCAGGAUGAAAUUCUGGCUCACCGCUUGGGCCUCAUCCCUAUCCGAGCUGACCCUCGACUCUUUGAAUACAGGAACCAAGGAGAUGAAGAAGGCACAGAAAUUGAUACUCUGCAGUUCCAGCUGAAAAUAAAAUGCAGCCGAAACCCUCAGGCAGCCAAGGAGUCAUCUGAUCCUAAUGAACUGUAUUUCAAUCACAAAGUGUACAGCAAACACAUGACGUGGGUGCCCCUGGGGAACCAGACAGACCUCUUCCCGGAUGCCGACUUCCGACCCGUUCACGAUGACAUCCUCAUCGCGCUGUUGCGGCCUGGCCAGGAGAUAGAUGUGCUCAUGCACUGUGUGAAGGGUGUCGGUAAAGAUCACGCCAAGUUUUCUCCCGUGGCCACGGCUAGUUACCGACUGCUUCCUGACAUUACUCUGCUGCAGCCUGUGGAGGAUGAGGCGGCUGAGUUGCUGCAGAAGUGCUUUUCCCCUGGAGUCAUUGAGAUCCAGAAUAUCAAGG